AUGCCUGCGGCAAUAGUUAUUGUUAAACAACACAAGGAGCAGCAGGAACAGCAGCAACAGCAGCACCGACAGGACCAACAGGACCAAAAGGACCCACGGGCGGCGAAACAAAUUUGCAAUAUAAAUUUAUGCGGAUUUUUGCGUCGCAGCGGCGCCGACGACGUCGACGUCAUCGAACCGCGUAGCCCAGGCCAUGUUGCUGAUGUCGACGUCGCAGCAGCAGCAGUGGCAGCAACAGCAGCAGCAGCAGCAGCAGCAACAGCAACUGCAGCAGCAGCAACAACAAGGGCAGCGGCGACGACGCGCGCAGUUAUUAUAAUAAUGGCGUUAGUUGUUAGCAUAAUGCAGCAGCAGCAACAACAAUCGCUACUCUGGCCAUUCUGCAACGGACUCGCCGCGGCGGCCGCCUCCACUGGGCAGCCGGAUGACUCCGUUGAUGGGCCAACCCUGUCGACAUUCCUGUCAUCAUCGCCAUCGCCGUCGCCCUCAGCAGCAUCAGCAUCCGCAUCAUCCCCAUCUCCAUCUCCAUCUUCAGCCAGUUUUUCAUCGUUUGCGGUGGCGCACGGGCCACAAACGGAAGCCACGAAUCACACUUUCAAGAGUUUAGCCUUCCUGGACGCGUCCUUUGGCUCCGAUCUGUUUGCCCAGACGGACGCGGAGAGGGAGAGGGAGCGCAGUGGCGGAGCGGAUGCGGAUGCGGAGUCGCAGGAUGCGGACACUUCGCAGUCGCUGCCAAUUUUCGACUUUGGCAUGCCGCGCAACAUCACCGGACGCACUGGCCACACGGAGGCCAUAAUUAAAUGCCGCGUGGACAGUCUGCAUGAUAAAUCGGUAUCCUGGAUACGGAAACGUGAUCUGCAUAUCCUGACCGUAGGCACUGCCACCUACACCACGGACAAGCGAUUCCAGGUGACCGAAUCGAAGGACUCCCGCGAGUGGACGCUGCACGUGAAGGCGCCGCUGGCCAAGGACAGCGGCAUCUACGAGUGCCAGGUGAACACGGAGCCCAAGAUGUCCAUGGCCUUUCAGCUGAACAUUAUCGAAAUCUCGCCGGAUGCCAAGGCGGUCAUCAGUGGGCCACCCGAUCUGCACUUCAAGGCGGGCAGCGCCAUCAUCCUCAACUGCCUGGUGCAGCAGCCGUCGGUGAAGGACAUUGGACCGAUUUACUGGUACCGUGGCGAGCACAUGAUCACACCCUUCGAUGCGGAUGAUGGACAGCCGGAGCUUCCGGCUGGCAGGAGCGAACAUCCCCCAGGGAUGCCCGAGGACACGUCCCUGAAUGACCUAAUGAGCGAGGUGGACCUGCAGAUGGAGUUCGCCACACGCAUCGCCAUGGAAUCGCAGCUGGGCGAUACCCUCAAGUCCAGGCUCCGCAUCUCGAAUGCCCAGACCACGGACACCGGCAACUACACGUGUCAGCCCACGACGGCCAGCAGCGCCAGUGUCCUGGUCCAUGUGAUUAAUGAUGAGAACCCCGCUGCGAUGCAGAAGAGCGGGGCGUGUCCUUGCGCCCCCGGUCCGCUCCGCCAGCUGCUCCUCCCUCCGCUCCUCCAGCUGCUCCUCCCCCUGCUCCUGCUCCUGCUGCCGGAGUUGUUGUUGCUGCGAGCGGGACGGGCGGCUGGCAACUGAAAGCGCAAGUUGUUAGCACUCUAAUUGCAGCUGAACGAGGAAAUUAUGUUCCAUGACGUCGGAAUUUUUACUCUGUGUACUGUGCUGAGCUGUGCUGUGCUGUGCUGUUUUUUUAGGAUUAUAGAGGGAAAGUAGAAGGAGGAGGAGGUAGAAGGAAAAUGGGAAAGGCAAACAAGGCAGGCGCUUUCCCUUUCAGGCGAAUGUUUGUUUUCCUUUUAAUAUUUACAUUUCAUUGUGCAAAAUGAGACACUGAGCCGGGCACGAGAAUGCAAAAUGCAGAAUGUGAAAUGCACGAGCCGGAGGAGAAGGGAGGAGGGUGGAGGAACAAGGCACAAAGGACAAAGGAAGGACGCAGGACACGGGACACGGGACACAGGACCAGAAGGACGACACUCUGUAAAUACCACAAAGAUGCGGCCCCGCUCGCAGAUAUAGUUACAGAUACAAAAGUGUGUAUUUUAUUUCAUUACUGCGGCUCUUUUAUGAAGCAGCCGCACACGCAUCGACUUUAUAAACAUUUCAUGCUGUCUCAACAGAGGCAAAGCUAACCGCAAAAAAGGAAGAUAUGAUAAGGGAGCAGCCACGCCCCCAGUCACACACACACACACACUAAAGUAACACCCCAAACACCCCAAACACCCACACAAGUAACACCCACUAUCCACGAAAGAUUGUAAUAUAUAUGAACAAAAACUCUCAUCUGAUCAACUAAAAGCAAAAACCUAAUUAUAAACACUAACUUGUGCGCAAUUUAUUUAUGGGCAAAAUGAAAUUUAGUCACGCGGCACUCGCCGUCGAAAUGGGAAUGAAAAUUGAAUAAAAUUAAUGUGAAUGCAAUAUGCGAAAAGCGAAAGCAAAUCGCAAAUGGCGAAUUGCGAUGGAAAUGAAAUCAAUUGCGGCAUGCUCGACUAAGUUUUGUGUUGCACAUGCGAGUAAAGGCAUGGGUAGGCAUGAAUUUACUACACGUAAGCCAGUAAGCAGAUUUUAGAUAAUUUAUGUGAUGAUAAAACCAAUAAAUAAAUCAAUGGAAUGAACUCUUUCAACAAUAA